GUCUACUACUAGUUCAUUCAGGUUCUCCCUCUCUUUAAUCUCCUCCUUCCGGUCCUUCCUCUCUCUUCCCCGAAAUGGAGCCGUGGGUCGACGACCUAGCCGACGAUCUGCAGAGCUUGAGCUUCACCUCCACGUCAACAACCACUACCACCAUCAAACGGAGCACCAGUUCCGGCUCCGGUUACUGUUCCUCCCUCGCUCCUUCUGCUCACGGUUCCUUCUCCUCCAAGCCAAUCCCUUCUCUCUCCCUCUCCGACAUCCGAUUCUCCCUCCGCCUCGGUUCCGGCGACAUCGGCUCAGUCUACUUGACAGAGAUUAAGUCACCGUCAACCGAGAACAACAAUAAUGGCGGUCAGAACAAGACCGAUUUUAAAAACAGCGGUACUCUUUUCGCUGCUAAAGUGAUGGAUAAGAAAGAGUUAGCUGCUCGUAGCAAAGAAGAGAGGGCUAAAACCGAGAGAGAAAUACUGGAGCAGUUAGACCAUCCUUUUCUGCCCUCACUUUAUGCCGCCAUCGAUUCUCCCAAGUGGCUCUGCUUAUUGACGGAGUUCUGUCCAGGCGGCGACCUCCACGUUCUCCGGCAACGCCAACCUUUCAAACGAUUCGCCGAAUCCGCCGUGAGGUUCUAUGCAUCGGAGGUUGUGGUUGCUUUGGAGUACCUCCACAUGCUGGGCAUUGUUUACCGUGACCUAAAGCCUGAAAAUGUGCUUGUUAGAUCGGACGGUCACAUUAUGCUCACGGAUUUCGACCUCUCGUUAAAAUGCGAUGAUUCCGUAUCAACACCCCAGGUAAUUUCUAAUAAGAAUCCACCAUUUGCACCACCACUGGGUGACUUCCCGAUGGAUCAUCCUCGGUUCACUUCCUCCUCAUGCAUUCUUCCCAACUGCAUCGUUCCUGCUGUAUCAUGUUUCCAUCCAAAACGCAAACGGAAGAAGAAGACAGGCAACCGUCGCGGUCCAGAGUUCGUUGCCGAGCCCAUUGAUGUCCGGUCCAUGUCAUUUGUUGGGACGCACGAGUACCUGGCACCGGAGAUUGUGUCCGGUGAGGGUCAUGGUAGCCCCGUGGAUUGGUGGACAUUAGGGAUAUUUAUAUUUGAACUGUUUUAUGGGUUUACACCUUUCAAGGGGGUAGACCAUGAGCUAACCUUAGCUAAUAUUGUGGCUCGAGCCCUCGAAUUCCCCAAGGAACCCGUAAUUCCUGUCGGGGCUAAGGACUUGAUCUCUCAACUCCUUGUUAAAGAUCCAGCAAGGCGGUUAGGGUCCAUAAUGGGUGCCUCAGCCAUCAGGCACCAUCCCUUCUUCCAAGGUGUCAAUUGGGCAUUGUUGAGAUGUACAUCCCCACCAUACGUGCCACCACCAUUUAAAAGAGAAGCCGUGUCAGAUGAAAGAUGUCAAGACACCCCUGUGGACUAUUACUAAUCAGAAUUCUCACGCCUUUAAUUGUACCAUCAAUUUUGUUAAAUUUCCGCUUACUUGCAUUUACUACAUGUAAAUAAAUACAGUUAAGCGUGAAUUUAACAGCUCUGUUCGAAAAUGUAUAAAAUUGUCGGCUAUGGGACAAGGGGUCGAAUUUAAGGAACUGUAUUUAUGGUAGAUAAUAGUAUCUGUCUGCUAACCUACUGGUUCUUGCAAUUCUAGGGGUCAUGUCUUAAUGGCUGUGGCCUGUGGCUGGAUUGGAGCAUGGAAUCCGACAAUGUGUAUGUAAACCAAUGUUGUUGACUCGGGCACAGGAAAGGCGGUGGCGCCCGUGUGAUAGGUUGCUGAUAGCGGGCCCGGGAGCAGACGGCCGCCAUGGAAAAUGGAAUGGCUGCCUGUUUGAGGUGUUUGGUUUGUAAAGCGCAUGCCCCCACCCAUGUGCGUGUGUUUAGUGUUGGAUUGAGAAUGAAGUUUUCCUUCAUAAAGAAUCAUGUUAGGA